GCUCCCUCGCGUUUUAGGGGUCUGGGCGGCUAUGGAGGAGCCCCCUUUGCGAGGGGAGGAAGAGGAGGAGCAGGAGGAGGGCGGGGAGGAAGAAGGGGGCGAGCUUGGGCCAGAGGGAGCUCUGAGCAAGAGUCCAUUCCAGCUGACUGCCGAGGACGUGUACGACAUCUCCUAUGUGAUGGGCCGUGAGCUGAUGGCCCUGGGCAGCGACCCCCGGGUGACACAGCUGCAGUUCAAAAUCGUCCGUGUCCUGGAGAUGCUGGAGACGCUUGUGAAUGAGGGCAACCUGACGGCAGAGGAGCUGAGAAUGGAACGGGACAACCUCAAGAAAGAGGUGGAACUGCUUCGUAGAGAGGGCUCAGCGACCAGCGGGAUGGUGAGCUUGGGACCAGACAAAAUGGUGGUUGACCUGACUGACCCCAACCGGCCACGCUUCACUCUGCAGGAGCUGAGGGACGUGCUACAGGAGCGCAACAAACUUAAGUCCCAGUUGCUGGUGGUGCAGGAAGAGCUUCAGUGCUACAAGAGUGGUCUGAUUCCACCAAGUGAAGGCUCAGGAGGAAGAAGAGAAAAGGAUCUGGUUGCCAGGGCCGGCAAUGCCAGCAGCAACAAGGAGGAGAAAACCAUCAUACGGAAGCUGUUCUCUUUCCGGUCAGGGAAGCAGACAUAGGCGGCCAUGACUGAGGUAGCUGCUCUCACCCGGACUGCCCCCCUCGACAGCCCCCAAGUCUCCCUUCAGAACACAAACACUGACUCAUCUGUGCCCAUCUGACUCCCUAUGAACUGUGCAAAGCAGGAGGGCCUCUCGGAACUGCAGAACUGGACACCCCUGAAGGUUUGGGCAGGGUAAAGCAGCACCAUGAAACCAAAGUGGACCAAAGUCCAGCAGGCCACUUCAGCCACCUGCUCCUCUGGCCAACUCCAGCCUCCUCCAUGCAGCAACAGAAUCCACCCGCCACAGCCAGGCCAGUGACACUGCUGAUGUUGUAAAUAUUUCAAUUUGUUGAUGAUUUUAAGCGAUUUUGUAUUAAAUAUCUUUUAUACUUUCCAUAACUGUUUUGAUUGGUCUCUUUGGGACAUACAGACAUGCCCCGCCCCCACGUCUGU